UCACACUAAGUUAACAUCAGUCACUUGGCGUGGGACCGUGGGUCGUGUUUCCUGCCGCUCAACUAUGGAUAUACGGAACUAUUUCAAACCAAUUAACAGCAAAAAGAAUGGAAAGACUUCAAGUUCAUCUAAGGAAACUAAGAAACUGAUAAUUAUAGACUCAGAUGAGGAGGAGCUUCCUGCAGUUUCCAAGAGGAAUAGAGUAUUAGACUCUGACUCUGAUGAUGACAUAUUCGUAAUUAAAAAUAAGAAAAAGACCAAGAAAGAUGAAAAGCCAAAACCCAAAACUUUGCCUAAGCCAGAAAGUCCUAAGUUAAAGCCAACGGCAGCAACAGAUUUCUUUGGGAAGACACCAAUUGCCAGAAGAGAAUCAGAACAUGUCUCAUCAAAGAAAAGGAAGAGUGAUGAUUUCCAUGAAUCUCAGAGUGAUGAUGCCUUUGAGAGAACCCUCCAGCAGUUAGAUAAAGAAAAGCAACAAGUGUCCAAGAAACCGAGAAUUGAAAGGAAAUCCUCCUCACACAAUGAAGAGAAGCCAAAACCGAAUGAAUAUAGUCCUCCGAAUAAGACCUCCCUCAAACUUGGACUGUGUAGUAAGUUAUCGGCUAAGCUUAAGCAGUUUGAGUGUAAUACAGACAAGUAUGGAGAUGAGGAAACUGCACAGAGAAAUAGUAACAGGGAAGAAAAGUUGCACACUCUUGAGAAUAAACAUAUUGAGAAGGACGUGAAAACCGGGACAGAAUGUAAGGAAAUUGGUCGUACUGAAGAUAAAGCAGUGAAGAAGGAAGAGAAAUUCGUUAAGAAAGAAAGACAAAUUGAAGAAGAAAAUAUAAUGAAGCCAGAAGAAAAGAUAUUUAAGAAAGAAAGGCAAAACAAAGAAGAAAAUUUAAUAAAGCCAGAAGAAAAGACAUUUAAGAGAGAUAAGAUAACUCCAAAGAAAGAAAACAAAGUGUCCCCUAAGAACCAUAAACCCAACAUUAUUAUAGAGAAGAAACAGAAGGAAGAAAAGAAAGUAACACCCAAGAAGACAGAGGAUGACAGAGAGUCUACUGAGGCAGACUCCACACCACAAGAUGAGAAGAAGAAACAUGCAAGGGCCUCAUACAUGAAGUUUCUGCAAAGGCCGGGGCCAGCCAAUCCGGGGAGCAAACUUCUCCCUGAGGGUGCACCAGAAUGUUUACAAGGUCUGGUGUUUGUUCUGAGUGGUGUGUUUGACAGCCUUGACCGGGAAGAAGCCAUUGAUCUCAUCAAGAAAUAUGGAGGUAAAGUUACCACGUCUCUCAGCCGCAACACAACCUACCUGGUGUUGGGGUCGGAGGCGGGAGCCUCUAAACUAAAGAAGGCUGAACAGUUAAACACAAAACAGAUAGAUGAAGAUGGUCUUUUGGAACUGAUACGCACCAGACCGGGGAAAGAACAAAAGCAAGAGGUCACUAAAGGUAAAACCACAAACAAACUCAAGGCCUUUGCAAGAGAGAUAAAGGAAGAAUUGCCUGGAAAAUCAACGUCUGUGAAAGACUCUCCAGUCCCCUCGAGUAACAUUACAAAGACACCAAGUCCAAAGAAAUCUUUCUCUCAGUCACAGAGUUCUCAGGAAACAGGAAGUCCUUCAUCCACUUCCUCAACCCCCAAGACACAGCCCAUCUCCUCCCAAGAUCUCCUAGGCAGACAACACGAGACUCUCAUGUGGGUUGACAAGUACAAACCAUCAACAGUAAAGAACAUAAUUGGGCAACAGGGAGAUAGAUCUAAUGUAAGAAAAUUACUCGCAUGGCUGAAGAAUUGGCAGAAGGUCCAAUUCAGUGAUAUGAAACCUCAGAGACCCAGUCCUUGGGCAAAAGAUGAUAAUGGAGCAUUCUUUAAGGCUGCCUUGCUGUCUGGACCUCCUGGAGUAGGAAAGACGACAACUGCUCACCUGGUGUGUAAAGAACUUGGAUUUGAUUUUGUGGAGUUGAAUGCAUCAGAUGCGAGGUCAAAGCGAACCCUCGAUGAAGUUGUGUCAGGAUUACUUUCCAAUAAAAGCCUCGCGGGAUUUGUAAAAAGUAAUGGUAUUAGAAAUCCUAGUUCAAAUCACGCCCUCGUCAUGGAUGAAGUGGACGGCAUGUCUGGUAAUGAAGACCGAGGAGGAGUUCAAGAACUGAUUGCUCUCAUCAAGAAAUCACAAGUGCCCAUCAUUGCCAUGUGUAAUGACCGAAAUCAUCCCAAAAUUAGGUCAUUAGCUAAUCAUUGUUUUGACCUCAGGUUUUACAAGCCAAGGAUAGAACAGAUUAGGGGACCAAUGAUGUCCGUCUGUUUCCGUGAGGGCAUCAAGAUCAAACCAGAUGCUCUAGAUCAGAUCAUUGUCGGAACAAACCAAGAUGUUCGCCAGAUUCUCCACCACUUGUCCAUGUGGUCAGCCAAUCAGCGCAACCUGGAAGUCGACGACAUGAAGAGAGAAGCUCAAAGAGCCAAAAAAAACUUGAAAAUGGGCCCCUGGGAUGUGUGUAAGGCAGUAUUCUCAGAGUCGGAGCACAAGAACAUGAGUAUACACGACAAAUCUGGCCUAUUCUUCCACGAUUACAACAUUGGCCCGCUUUUUGUUCAAGAGAAUUAUCCUAAAGUUGUUCCUCAUGUAGCCAAGGGUAACCGGAAUAUCACCUUGGAGCAACUAGCUAAGACGGCCAGCAGUCUAGCAGAUGGAGACCUGGUUGAAAAAGCAAUUAGAAGUAACAAUGCCUGGUCACUCCUCCCUACACAGGCCAUGUUCAGCAGUGUGAUACCAGGUGAGUACAUGUGUGGACACCUUGCAUCACAGAUAGAGUUUCCACGUUGGCUCGGCAACCACAGUCGUCGCAACAAAUUUGACCGAUUCAUGCAAGAGCUUCAGAAGCACAUGAGACUCAAAAUUUCCGGUAGUAAGCUUGAUGUUGGCUUAGACUACUGCGGCUCCCUCAGAAGUGCUAUAACAAAUCCACUGGUUCAACACGGAGGGGAGGGCGUCUCAGAUGCCGUACGAGCUAUGACAUCAUAUGACCUCCUACGCGAAGAUCUGGAUGCUCUGUUGGAGUUAUCUCAGUGGCCAGGCAUGACGGAUCCCAUGAGUAAGGUGGAGAGCAAGGUGAAAGCUGCCUUUACUCGUACCUACAACAAAGAGAGCCAUUUAACUCCAUUUGCUGCACCGUCCAUCACUAAGAAGAAGAAGGGAACUAAAGUAGGAGGGGAAGAUAUGUAUGGAGAUGAGGAAGAGGAGGAGGAGGAUGAAGAGGAGGAAGAUAUUUCCUCAAGUGCCAUGAUAAAGGUAAAUAAAGGUAUCAAAAAGGGCGGAGAAGCUGGCACUAGCAAAGGAAAAAGUCGUGGUGGUGACAACGGUAAAAGAGGAGGAGGCAAAGGGAAAGGCAAGAAAUGAUGAUUGGUGAAGCAGUUUUGAUAAAAAUAUCUGAAGUUAGAUGUUCUUGUUAAAUUGUAUGUCAAAAUAAAUAAUGCCUGGACUACAUUGUGCGAGGAGAAGAAUGAUGAUAAAUGUUAGUAACAAGAAGAUAAAAUGUAAGAGACAAUGGGGGAGACCAAGAAACGGAAUGUUUGUAUGGUUAAAAAGUCAUGUGUAAAUACGAAGAAGAAGGCAAGUGCUCUAAUAGUUCUGAAUGAAAUGGAUCCCUGGCAGCUGCUGCAUAACAGAACCACUGAAGGCUCUCAUAGUAAUGUAUGUUUUCUUGGUUUUAUUUUCCAGUUUCUUUAUUUUUUUAAUAAAUAUUUACUUGUACAAAAUAACACAAGGUCUGUAUCAUUAUGCAGAAUGUUACAGAGUUUAGAAUGUGAGUAACAGCAAAGAUUAACACUACAGAAUAUAUUCGUGUAACUUGUGUUUACUGCUCUUUGUUUAGUGUUUUAUAUAUUUUAUUUUCAGUCAUUAUCAUUACUCCAUAGGGUGGUUCAAGAGGCACAGAAACCAUUAAAUGUGGAAUUAAUGGGAAAUGAUGCAAGGUAAAUGAGGGAAAACAGUAUAAAGGGUUAAUACAAGUAGAAAUAUCCACAAUACUUACUCAUGCCCUUAGCUUGCACACACAUUAAAUGAGUCUUCAACAUAUACACAGAUCCAUCUUAACUGUGGCAACAACUUUCCAGAAUAAAUUGCUCAACGCAGAAUUUUGUAUGCAAUGCGAUACAUACAGUACUGUACUGUUAAGGGAAGUCUCAUUUAAUUGAUAAUAACAGGCCUUGUGUAUAUUGAACAUAUCUAAUAAACUUCUACAACAAUAAUCCUAAUAUUUAUCGCUUGGGUUAACUUAACGCCUUAAGUAUACUCAAAUCCUCACCCAUCCCCCAAUGCAAAAGGACCAAAAAAAAAACUUUUUUGUCGUGGAUUCAUAGGAAAUAGUUUAUGGAGUGUGGAAUUACGAGAUAAAUUCAUCUAUGGGUGCUGUGACACGUUCAACUGCUUGGCCUGGGCAGAACCUCCCCACCAUCCCGCGUGGGUCGCACGUGUAGCGCCUUCCCAUAGGGUAAUGUACCAAAGUUAAGCAGUACAGGCAUUUUAUUAAUUUUUUUGUGUGUAUUAGAUAGUAAUUUCAUGUGUUAGGUAGUAAAUUAGAGUAGUUGUGUACUAUUUAUCAAUAGUUAAGUAGGUUUUCUUGUUUGUGAAUCUAUUUCAUGUUUUUUGGGGUAUUUUUGUCAGUUGGAACUGAACCCUAUUUUUCCCAUAUGUUUAUCUAUUUGUGAUACAUAAAUUCAGUUAAUGAUUUUUUAACCUCACCCAUUCAUAUAUCAGGGGAUACCUGUAGACUAAAUAUUAAAGAAGUGUAGUGUGACUUCGCUUGUCCAUCCACGAGUCAAUCAGCUGCCUAGCUACAAACUGACCCUAGGCCUCAGAUGCAAAAUUUGAGUGAACAGACUACUGUACAGUAUAGGCAAACAGGAAAAGUUAAGUAAGUUUCUGCUUCUGAGUCAUUUCAGAAUAAAAGUAUUUAAAGUAUAAACAUGCAAAUUUUAAGGCUGCAGAUUUACUUCCAGUUUUAAAAGUGUUUUAAAAAUAAUGUAGUCAUAAUUACAAGGAGCAUUAUGUGAAGAAACAGUUUAUUAGGCUUAAAUCCUUAUGGACUCUAUUUUAUUCUGUAAUUUAAUUCACAGUUGUCAUAUGCCUUCUUGAGGCAACUGUGAUAAUGGACACUGGCGGGGGAACCAUGUAAUAUGUGUCUAGGAUGUCUGGUCUGUUGUAUUAAUGAUGAGAUGAUCACAAAGAAAAUAUUUUUAAAAUGUUACCUUUACUCCAAAACCAGGAAAUAAAAUUUUAAUAAUAGGAAGAUGGAACACAGAAGCAAUAAGGGAAAGUGGAAUAAAGAGAAAAGAGAAAGAAAAUGGCCCAAAAUAAAAGAAGAAUGAAUUACAAUAAAAGGUUUUUGAACUGGUUUCAGCAAAAUAUUCAAUGGAGGUUUGACCUUAAAGAAUUUUAGGGCAUGGAGAAGCAAAACUAUUUUCAGGCCUUGUACUGACCCAAUAACAUAUUUAUUUGUACAACAGGAAGUCACAAGAUAUAUUCUUCAUAUCUGUUGAUCAAUAAUGGAUGUAGGACAAAAGAGGAGCACAAACUGGUGAUGAAAGCUGCAGUUACAAGGAGCACACUUUCUGUCCUCCCUAUAUGCAGUGCAACUGAAAGGAAUAAAAAUAUUCAUCAGUGUUGAACCAAUUGAUUUAUUAUAAGAGAUCCAAUUCUCAAAAUAUAAUGGACACUGAAUACAGUAUCAGAUAACUAAUGUCUGAACUUUAGUCACUAAAAUAUGUGUAUUCAAGAUAUCAAUACAAAUCACAAGUCUAAGAACAGUUAGCUAAGGAGCAUUUAUGAGAUGACUCAUAAGUUUAUUUACUAGAGGGAAAAUGAAGCACUGAGAAAAAAAACAUAAAACAGUAAUGUAUAAGUAUAAAAAGUAAAAUGUUACUUAAAUGAACUCUUUAAUUUAAUAAUGAAAGUGAAAGUGAGACCUAUAGGUAUGACUGCCCAUUAGGGGCAUUGUGGAUAUAACUAUAUAAUAACUGGCAUUGCACUUGACUGCCUUCACUUCCCCCUGCUAUGUAAAGUUAGGUUCUGUACUGUACUGUACCCAUUUACAGGUGAGUGGACUGGGAGUAUCUCAGGAUCAAACAGGCAAUCUUUAAGAUGGGAAGCGAUUACUGUAUCCAUACAGCUGCCACAUCCCAAAUUAAUUAAUACUUACUGUAUAUUAAAAAAAAUAUUUGUAACAUUCAUAAUUGUAUGAUUUUUGUCUCAAAGUGUAAUUACAAGACAUUGUAGAAAUAUGUCCAGUGUUUUACAGAUGUGUGUGGAUGAGCAAGACAGUACAGUAAAGAGUAUCGACCAAAACUAUAUUUUACAAAGAAUUGAGCUUUCUAAAUAUGAAAAUUAAGAACAUAGAACAAUUUUCUUUUAUAUGAGAGUAAAAAGAGGAGAAUUUAGACAAUGAGGCAACUGGCUCAAUGACCGUGAGUGAUGAGUCUACUUGUCUUCACGUGAAUUUGAAGAGUAUUAUGUGAUUGUGAGCAGAAACUAAUAAUUGUAUAGUACAAGUAUCCCCCUAUUUACAAUGGGGGUUCAGUUCCUGAAAAACCCAUCGCAAGGCAAAAUAUUGUAAAUCGGGAUCAUUAUAAUAUGAGGUUCAAUGGGAUACGGUCCCAGCCAGUCCAACACCCGCAUGUAUCACCGAAAAUAAAAUUCCCACACUAAUAAUACAGUGUACAUAAAACAAUUAAAUAACACUCUCUACAUCAUUAAGAACAAGCCUGGUCAUCAUUACAUGACCCCUUCAAGGGUAAGGGGACUCUUGAAGGUGGAGUGGAGACCUUCACUCUGACUCCCACACAGACUCUGGGACAUCUUUACAGUAACAGAAAAACCUAGCAAAAAUCACUUCACAGUCACCAAAACAGAGUACAAUGUGAACCUUAGUGCUUUUCCUGCAUUGUCACUGAAAAAGUGAUCUGCACUAACCUUGGUGAUCCCUCAGGUGCCACUUGUAGUGACAGCUGGGGAUCACAACUUACUACUGUAUAUGUAGAGUACUGUACAUUAUUAUCAUGUACAGUAUGGUUAAUUAUAGAAAUCUUUAUUUUGUAUAAAUUUGCCAUUUUUCUUUAUUUUGUAUAAAUAUUCUUUUCGUCUUAUGUAUAAAUUAUUUGAGUUAUUUAGUCAUAAUAUAAUCAUUAUAGCAGAAGGAUAUAAAACUUGUCUGGGCUCUUCAGGGUCGGGGACAGAACCCCAUGUUAUUGAUAUACGAUGGCUUUUUGAGGUCCCUAACCCCAUCAUAUAAGUCAACACCUGUAGUUUAUUUCCUAUUAUAUUUUGGACAAAUUUGAUAGCAAUGUCCCUCCGGGUAAAUCUUGGCUGGCAUUACUGUACAAAUUAGCCGUCUGUGAAUUCCUAUGACCUUUCUAGUGUGACAUUCACAUUUAUACUGAGAAAAAAAAGUGUUUCAAGUUUUAAACUACUGUACAUGCAAGUAAGUUUUGACACACAUUACUGCACUAACCUCUGGUGCUUUGUAUACUGGAGAUAAAGAUGAAUGCUAGCAUGAGUCCUUGAAAUAUAAUACUGGAACCUUGAUACCAAAUGAUGGCAGCAAUGUUUGCCAACCGGCCACACUGACCCAGCAACACACUGUUGUAAAUGUGUGACCAAGUUCUGAAAAUUACCUUUAGGUUAAGAUUUAAACUUGAGGAGGAUAAGUUUUCCUCAAUCAUUAACAUAGAUUUAUUUGGAUUGAUAUAGGUACCUGUAUUGUAUAUAGAAGAGGAAUACUCAUAGAGAAAUAUUGCCAUAAAUUAAAGGAACAGGGUUUUACUAACAAACUUAUUGGAAGUACUUGCCUAUAGGAUAAUUUUAUCCAGGAAUAAAGGACGAUUAUAAUUCCAAAUAUUCCAAUUUCUGAAAAUAGAUUUCAAAGGUUAAGAAAAUCUGUAACAUAUUCAGCCUAACACUCUCAACACUAAUAUAUUAUCAGUAUUAUCUUUCAUGUUAUAUUUAAAGACUUGGUUUUAUUUUCACCUGUGUGACUGUCAAGUAACAUAACUUUCACAAGGUUGUAAGUACUGUCCAGUAAUUUUGCUUUGGAGCAGCUCAUUAAGUGCAGUUAAUUCGGUUAAACAAUUUUCAGUUACAUAACUGUACUUACAUCUGGGUUUAGGCAUCAAGUCUUAUUCUUUCAUCACUUGGGAUGGUGUAUUGUACAUGUGGUCUAUAACUUUAUAUACAAUAUAUAUUUCAGAACAGAGUGCAGGGUAUACAGUACAGUACCCUGUAUAUAAAUUUGACUCUAACAAGAAACCUCUUGACAUUAUUUGCACAAUUUCGUAAGAUCAAGACUGUUACAUACCAAUAGUAGUUAAAAUGCACAUGAUAUAUAAGUAAACUUCAUUAUUUUUUAUUCCAUUUCCAGCAGAGAGAUUUUGUGCAAAGUUACUCCACCUGACGUAUCCUUCACUUAACACUAGAGACACUGCCAGCUUCAUGUAGAACUGAGGAGUCUGUAAAAAUACAAUAUACGGUACAAGUAUAUUUAACAACAUUGUUUACCUGACAGCAUAUAUUAAUCAACCAAAUCAAACCUAACCUCACCAAGAAUUCUUAGGUUAACUCUGGCUUGUAUUCACACACAUUGCAGCUCAGUGCGGGUGUUUACUGUGAUCAUACUGGUCUUGUGCAUGUACAGUACAGGUAUAGUCCGUUUGCUUUGUCAACAAGUUAUAACAUAGGUAUGUAGUAACAGUCACCUUCAUAUUUUAAAGAAUUAAAGGUGUUCAUAACAUUUUGUGUUGUCUUGUAAUUUUUGUAAUAACAAUACUGUACUUUAAUAAUACUUUGGCAAUAAAAAUCUGAAUAUAUAACAGAUACUUUAUAGUAACAGUAUAAAAAGGAUUAAGGGAAAGUUUAUAAUUUCUGUACAAAAACUCUGUUAAUGACCCAAAUUAUCAUGAUAAAGUAACACUGGCUAAUUAUAUGAACAGUACAAAUUUAAUAACAGCUCUCACAAUGGCUGAUAAACUGAGUUUGUCACAUUGUCUCUCACUCAAGGUUUGGUGAGGUCUCUAAAGAAUCAUUUAAUUCCCGGCAAUCGAGAACAUUUCUAUAUAACGUCCCGGCAAUUUCAUGUCAUUUUCUACAUUUGUCUUGCACCAUGUCUCCUAUUAUAGUUCUUUCUUUAAGGUUUCUAUGCUUCUUGAGCCAUCCCACACAAAGAGCAAAGGGGUUUAAAUAUAAUAGCCAGAUAGAAAUAAAAGAAACUCACAAAGUUUUCUGCAUUGUAGAGAAUAUGUCGAUACGCAGUAAUCUCUUGCAACAUCAUAUCCAUGAAUAUUAUACUCUUCUCACACUCCACGUAGCGGUCAACUAUCUGCCCGCACGUACUCUGUUGAAGAAAAUUAAUUUAAAAAAAGCCUAACCUCUGGAUCAGUAAUAACAGCCUCAGUGAUGUUUUAGUUUAUAGAUACAGUACUUAAUCUGGUAACACUCUGGAACGAGGGUGUGGGCUAACUGGCAGCUCUAGAAAAUUUUUGUAUCUAAGACAGCUUCUUACUUACCUCAAGAAUAUCCCCCAAAUUAUGAGGAUUUACAAUUUUCAUAAUGUGUGCCAAUUUUUUAAAGUUCUGAUCACUACUGUAAUUUAUGUUGACUGGUGACCUGAUGUACCUUCUUAAUAUGACUGUUUCAUACACAUUAUGUGAUUUAUUAGAGGAUAAAUAAUGUAAUGUAGCAAUAGCUAGUAAGUUGCUGUUUGCAUUUCAUGUUAUUUUUUAUAUAAAGUUGCAUACAACAAUGUUUUCUUUAUACAGUUUGUUAUUUAAGAAGCAAAACAUUCAUCUGAGUUUGUGUAGGUGUAUGGAAACAAAUCUUGAAACAGUCUUCUAGUAGGCCUGUGGUAACAUGGAUUACAUUAGAAAUUGGAAAAUCCUCAAACAAGUUCAGUCUUGGUCCCAAGAGUUGCAGAUUUGAAGGACUAAACCUGUACACUACAUAUAAUUGGUGUACAUAGAUAAUACAGGUAAAUAAUCCAUUAUAUCCA